AUGGCCGAAUAUGGACCACUGACUGGUUUACAGAGCCCUCCGCCGAAUAGCCUUUAUACUUACUCCGAUUCUGGGGCCAAUGAUCCCCGUGCGCAUACCGAUCAUUACAACAGCAAUACCAACGGCGCACAUCGAGGGCCUGUACACAAUUCCAGUAGACUCGCUCGAAAACCUUCUACCCAGGCUGCGCAGGGCCACGCGACCUCGGCGUCCCACGGAGGAUCUUCGUCCCAAUCCAGAGCAUCAUCCAUAUCCAGGGUUCAGCAGCAGCAUGCGAGACAGCUGAGUCUACAACACAGCCUCGAGAAACCAUUGCCAGAGACGCCGGCUCAAACAAAUCCCACGCCCGUCGUCGCCCCAACGACUACACCCGCUACCUUUGGGGCCGUUUCCAAAAGCUCUACCCCCGUAGAUACGCCCCAAAGUCGCUUUUUGGAGUCCCGAUUGGAUAAUCGAUUAGACGUUAUGGAUCCGAAUAACUCGGCCGCUGGCCACCAGAUGUAUGGUGCCUCUGGACAGGAGAAUUCGUAUGCUCAAGACAAUAUGGCUACACUGAGCUCGGCGAGAUAUGGCGGUGGUGGUGGUGGUGAUGAAUACAGAGACGGACACAGGGAAGGAUUGACUCCACGGAGCAAUGGUUCUGUAUCAGCAGGCAUGUCGCCCGCUAUUGGGCAGCCUCAAGCGCAAACCCCAUCUGCUGCUACUCCAGUGGGCGGCCCUUCGCAAGGGUCUUCAGCGCAUCUAUCGGGCUUGAUGUGCAACGUACAUAGGACUACUGGACAGGAGCCCCCGCCGCUUGUAGGAGCUACGACAACGAUUCUGGGCGAUAGCCUGUAUGUGUUUGGCGGCAGGAUCCUCACUCGAAACCGUCCAGCGCCUCUCACCUCUGACCUCUACGAGCUGGACCUCAUACGCCGGCAUUGGACGAGACUCGAAGUAUCUGGUGAUGUUCCACCUCCGCGAUACUUUCAUUCCAUGUGCCCUCUUGGCGGCACCAAGAUGGUUUGCUAUGGUGGCAUGUCUCCCGCGCCAAAUCAGCCCAUGGGAGCGGACCAGCAACAGCCCGAAGUUACCGUCAUGUCCGACAUUCACAUCUAUGACGCCCCGACAAAAACAUGGUCUUAUGUGCCGGCACAAGAUCCCCCCCAAGGACGUUAUGCCCACUGUGCGACCAUUCUCUCUUCAUCAGCUACAUUUUCCUCAAAAGCCGCCCCUCUUUCCGCUCUCCAGCACAACCCAUCCAACGGCAACCCCAACGAAGGCCGUAUUGGCAUCAACAUUGACGGAUCUGGAGGCGCUCAGUUGAUUGUUGUCGGUGGACAGGAUGGCGCGAACCACUACAUCGAACAAAUCAGCGUAUUCAAUCUCCGAAGCCUCAAGUGGACGACGAACCAGCCUUUGGGCAAGAGCUGCGGCGCCUAUAGGAGUGUCGCCGCGUCUUUGCCCCCGGCAGUAAGCGCAAGGAUUGGAAUGAACGCCCAGAACGGCCAGCAGCGUACCGAGAGCACUGCCGGUCAAGAACCGGGAUCAUCAAUGCUUAUUUACUCCAAUUAUAACUUCUUAGAUGUCAAGUUGGAGCUCCAGAUCAGGGGUCCCGAUGGAACUUUGACCGAAAGGGCCAUGUCGGGAACUUAUUCUCCGCCUGGCCUUCGCUUCCCCAAUGGUGGUGUCAUUGAUACUCAUUUUGUGGUCAGCGGUACAUACCUCACGUCAUCGAAGCAGGAAUAUGCGCUCUGGGCCCUGGAUCUUCGAUCUCUCACUUGGAGUCGGAUCGACGCCGGAGGCAGCGUUUUCAGCCAAGGCAGCUGGAACAGAGGUGUUUUGUGGAAUCGACGUAAUACAUUUGUCAUUCUGGGCAACAGGAAGAGAAGCUUAGUCGACGACUACAACCAUCGUCGUAUCAACUUUUCCAACGUCUGCAUGGUAGAGCUUGAGGCAUUUGGCUUCUUCGAUAACCCGCGCAAGGUGGACCCCAUGUCAGGAUUCGUCUCGGCUAGCAGCCCGUACUCUGGGAUGAACCUAAGCCUUGCGCGCAAAGCUGGUGCUACUGCUGGCGGCCGGUUCCACUCUCGCGCAAGCGAAGACCUGGGAGAGAAGAUACUGGCGUUUCGGGAGCUGUCCGACAUGGACAUCCUGUGCAUCGGCGGGGAGCGAAUACCAGUCAACUCUCGAAUUGUUGCCCGCAGAUGGGGCCCAUACUUUGUCCAGCUCCUUCGAGAAGGCACAGCUACGCAGGACGGAAGUGAUGCUGUGACAUUGCGAUCUGGUCUAUCCAGUAAUCCACUGCGAGCAUCGGCCUUGACCAUUACGCCGAAUAAUAGGAAUUUCGACGACUCGGCAACGCUGGUAGGGUCUGUCGGCGGAUCUGUCUCGGGACCAUCUGGUCUCUCUGGACCUAUCCAUCACGGAGGAGGCGGCGCAGCGCACAGCAACGGAGAUGAAGCGGCCGCGGCCGUUAACGUAGCGCCAACACCACGCAGUCUGAUGCCCAGCUCAAGGCCUCGAUGCCUUUACCUACCUCACACGUACUUGACCAUUCAAGCCCUGCUGCACUUUUUGUACACCAGCUCUCUACCUUCACCCGCCUCUUCACUGUGCACGCCACAGAUUCUCUGCUCACUCUUACAAAUAGCGCGACCAUAUAGAGUCGACGGGCUUUUGGAAGCCGUCGUCGAGCGUCUACAUGCCCUUCUCGAUAGCAGGAAUGCCGCGGCGGUGUUCAACGCAACGGCCAUGGCUGCUGGUGGUGGCCGCGGCAUCGAUGGAUCCCUUAAUCCCAACUUUUUCGUUGGCAGUCUUGAUCCCGUCGGAUCUCCGGUGUCUACAUCUGACUUCUCCCUCAGUGCUACCACCACCAACGACUCUUCUUUCGGCUCGGACCUGAAUUCACGCACGGGCAGCCUGAGUCUUAACUCAACUCUCAACACGUCUUAUGCCUCCAGCGGAGAGAUGUCUGGUGCAACAAGCACGAGUGGAUCUGAAUGGGGAUCUGAGGUUGGCGAUAAUGACCGUGACGGCGUCAUCUGGAAUGGAGAGCUUAGCAGUGUCAUUGGCCUGCAAAAGCGAGGCCUUCGAGGUCUGAUGGAAGGCCGGAGAAUGAGAGAGAGGACCGGCACGGGAACUGGUGGCGCGGCAGGCAUGGGAGCGAGUGGAAUCGCUGCAAACUAUGGAGGCCAAACCGGUGGCCAGCGAGUGGGAUUGGGAAUUGCAGGCCCAUGA